AUGAAAGAACGAGCUCCCCGUCUCCCUUCCGUCGCCUCCAUCGCCGUCGCCGUGCUACUUGUCGCCGGUCUCCGCACCGUCUACAGCGCCGAGUUCGAUGGAGACUACUCCAAACUGUCCGGGAUCAUAAUCCCUGGCUUCGCAUCCACUCAGCUCCGAGCCUGGUCCCUGCUCGACUGUCCUUACUCGCCUCUCGAUUUCAACCCUCUCGACUUGGUCUGGCUCGACACUACCAAGCUUCUCUCUGCGGUGAAUUGUUGGCUCAAAUGCAUGAUGCUCGAUCCCUUCAACCAAACAGAUAAUGCUGAGUGCAAGUCGAGACCUGAUAGUGGUCUCUCCGCGAUCACUGAACUCGAUCCAGGUUAUAUUACAGGUCCUCUUUCGUCUGUAUGGAAAGAAUGGAUUAAGUGGUGCAUUCAAUUUGGUAUCGAGGCAAAUGCAAUAAUUGCUGUUCCUUACGAUUGGAGGUUGUCACCAUCGAUGCUCGAGGAGCGAGACCUCUAUUUCCAUACCCUCAAAUUGACCUUUGAAACUGCCCUCAAACUUCGUGGUGGACCUUCUUUAGUAUUUGGUCACUCAUUGGGUAACCUUGUAUUCCGGUACUUUCUGGAGUGGCUUAAGCUAGAAAUUGCUCCAAAACAUUAUAACCAAUGGCUGGAUGACCACAUCCAUGCCUACUUUGCUGUUGGAGCUCCUCUUCUUGGCUCACCUGAGACAGUGAAAGCUACUCUUUUUGGAAACACAUUUGGGCUUCCUGUUUCUGAGGGAACAGCUCGAUUAAUGUUCAAUUCUUUUUCUUCUUCAUUGUGGAUGAUACCACAUUCAAAGUAUUGCACAUCCGAUAAUCCUUAUUGGAAACAUUUUUCUGGAGGAUUCAGAAAGAAAAAUCAAACAUAUCACUGUGAGGAGCAAGAAUAUCGUUCAAACUACUCUGGAUGGCCAACCAACUUGGUCAACAUAGAAAUCCCAUCUAUUCCUGGAUUUGAUGCCUAUCCAUCACUCCAAGAGAUGGUCGAAACAAACCUCUCUGCCAUGGAAUGUGGACUCCCUACUCAGUUAUCUUUCUCAGCCCGUGAAGUUGCAGAUGGAACUCUUUUCAGAGCCAUAGAGGACUAUGAUUCUGACACCAAGAGGCUAUUGUACCAGUUACAGAAGUCAUACCAUGGCGAUCCUGUUCUUAAUCCACUUACACCCUGGGAAAGACCUCCUAUUAAAAAUAUCUUCUGCAUAUAUGGAGUAGAUUUGAAGACCGAGGUUGGUUACUAUUUUGCACCGAGUGGCAAACCUUACCCAGAUAAUUGGAUCAUAACAGAUGUUGUUUAUGAGAUUGAAGGAUCCCUCUACACAAGGUCUGGGAAUCUGGUUGAAGGGAAUCCAGGAGCUACAAGUGGGGAUGAGACUGUACCAUACAAUUCCUUAUCACUAUGCAAGAGUUGGCUUGGACCAAAAGUGAACAUAACAAGGGCACCCCAGGCUGAGCAUGAUGGAUCUGAUGUACAAGUAGAACUGAAUGUUGACCAUCUCCCUGACGAAGAUAUAGUUCCCAACAUGACAAGGUCUCCAAGGGUAAAAUAUAUUACUUAUUAUGAAGAUUCCGAAAGCAUACCAGGAAAGAGGACAGCAGUCUGGGAACUUGAUAAAGCAAAUCAUAGGAACAUUGUUAGAUCUCCGGUUUUAAUGCGGGAGCUGUGGCUUCAGAUGUGGCAUGACAUCCGUCCUGAUACUACAUCAAAAUUCGUUACAAAAGCUAAGCGAGGUCCCCUAAGAGAUGAUGACUGCUAUUGGGACUAUGGGAAAGCUAGAUGCGCUUGGGCGGAAUACUGUGAAUAUAGAUACAUUUUUGGUGAUGUUCACUUGGGACAGAGCUGUAGAUUGAAGAAUUCUUCAGCGGAGACACUCUUGAAUUACCUAUAA